UUGAAUUCUAGAGCCAUGGUCAACGGAACGCACUUCCCAAGCCCACACCACACCUACCACUCUCUUGCUCUCCGGGCCCUUCCUUCCCUUCACUGCCCCGCCCCUAUUUAUAGAGGGGCAGCCAGCUACGGCUGUGGCACAAGCACACAGAGAUCAAUCACACUUCUCUGCUACUCUGCCUUCGUCGUCGCCAUGGCUCUGCUCUCUGAUCUCAUCAACCUCGACCUCUCGGACUGCACCGAGAAGAUCAUCGCCGAGUACAUCUGGGUUGGCGGUUCUGGGAUGGAUGUGAGGAGCAAAGCCAGGACGCUGUCCGGACCUGUUGAUGACCCUAGCAAGCUUCCAAAAUGGAAUUUCGACGGCUCCAGCACCGGCCAAGCUCCUGGUGACGACAGUGAAGUCAUCCUUUGCCCUCGGGCCAUCUUCAGAGACCCGUUCAGGAAGGGGAAGAACAUACUGGUCAUGUGCGACUGCUACGAGCCAAAUGGAAAGCCGAUUCCGAGCAACAAGCGGCACGGGGCGGCGACGAUCUUUAGCCACCCUGAUGUCAAGGCUGAGGAACCAUGGUUUGGGAUUGAGCAGGAGUACACCCUUCUUCAGAAGGACACCAACUGGCCUCUUGGUUGGCCGCUGGGCGGCUACCCUGGCCCUCAGGGACCAUACUACUGCGCCGCCGGAGCGGACAAAUCCUACGGGCGGGAGAUCGUGGACGCGCACUACAAGGCCUGCCUCUACGCCGGCAUCGACAUCAGCGGCAUCAACGGGGAGGUCAUGCCAGGGCAGUGGGAGUUCCAGGUUGGCCCUGCCGUCGGCGUCUCGGCCGGCGACCAGCUCUGGGUGGCUCGCUACAUUCUCGAGAGAAUCACCGAGAUCGCCGGUGUGGUCGUCUCUUUUGACCCCAAGCCAAUUCCGGGAGACUGGAACGGCGCUGGUGCUCACACCAACUACAGCACCAAGUCGAUGAGGAGCGACGGCGGGUACGAGGUGAUCAAGAAGGCGAUCAGCAAGCUGGGCCUCCGUCACCGGGAGCACAUCGCGGCGUACGGGGACGGCAACGAGCGCCGCCUCACCGGCCGCCACGAGACCGCCGACAUCAACACCUUCAUCUGGGGCGUCGCCAACCGCGGGGCGUCGGUGCGGGUGGGCCGCGACACCGAGAAGGAAGGCAAAGGAUACUUCGAGGACAGGAGGCCGGCGUCCAACAUGGACCCCUACGUGGUGACCUCGCUGAUCGCGGAGACGACCAUCCUGUGGGAGCCCAGCCACUCCAACGGCAAGGGCGCCGCGGCUCCUUGAUUCUCCGGCGAAGACUGACUGGCCUCUGUGUGUGAGCCGGGCUGCGUAGGUGGCAAAUGAGACUGACGCUGUCAGAAACUUGAGAUGAUGACAAUAAUAAUAGCUGAUGUGUGCUGGUUCUAGUGUUGGAUAACGAGCCAAGAACACUUUUUUUGGGAGUUUUCUCUGAAACUGGUAUAAUUUUAUUUUAAAAGAAAAUCAAGUUCAAUCGCAGCAUUUUUUUUAAAAAA